UUUCAGAUAAAGGGAGUGCUCAUGGACAUCGAAGACGUCAUCCGCCUCCGCCUAAGGCAUCUGAUCGUAGUCGGCAUCCGGCUCGAAAUGGCCACCAAGGCGAGCGUCGAUCCUCAGGCCGACGACACCAGACGGUUAUUCAUGAUGAAGAUGAUGAAUACGUUAAUUGGCCCGCUUUUCGCCGCCCGAAUGGGGAAGUGGGGGUGGAGGAUUAUGGUCAGUGGCCUCACGAACUGAGUGACCGCUCGAACGAGCGGAGCACUUAUGAUCCGAGGGUUACAGUAGAUGAACCAGUUCAACCUCCAGCGAAUAAUGUUCCGAAGCACAGACGUGAUGAGAAUGGCCGUAGAACCGAUCACCGUUCGAGAAAAUCACCUCCAUCGCUUGAGCCCCAACCUGCUGUCCGCCACUAUCCCCGUGAACCGGGUCGUCGAGGAACCGGAGAAGAAAAGGACGAAGCAUAUGAAGACGAUGACGAUGACUUGGGGGAUUCCCAUGAUGACGAUGAGGAAUUGAGACCGCCACCGUUGCGAAGCAUUCCCCAGUCCAAACAGUCUUCCGAUUCUUUGGCACGCCAACCAGCCACAC